AGUUCUUCUUGUUCAACCUUCGACGCCGUUGUUCCCUUUCCUGUUCCUUUCCUUUUACCACUUACCUACCAACAAGGCGAACCAUUACUCAAUUGUCUAGUAAAGCACUCAGCAGCAUCAAUAACAAUCAAUAAAUAAUGCGGAUCAACGAGCAUACCCGUUUAGAAGGGAGAGUCUGCAUACUAGUGCCUUACACUAAGGAGAUGGUUGAUACCUACAACUCGUGGAUGUCGGGCUCUGAAGAAUUACGGACUGAGACCGAGAGUGAGCUUCUCACACUAGAGGAAGAGUACGAGAUGCAAGCCUCGUGGAGGGAAGAUGAAGAUAAGCUCACAUUCAUCGUUCUCGAUCGGGAUGUGGAGCCAGAUCCCAACCUCGGCACCAUUGCAGCUGGCGGUGGUAUGUGUGGAGAUGUUAAUUGUUUUGUCUCUGAAGUCGAUGAUGAUGAUGAUAAACAUCCUGGUCGAACGAUCAGAGAGGGAGAGAUAUCCGUUAUGACUGCGGUUGCCUCUAGUCGACAUAAAGGAAUAGCCCGUGAAGCAGUGACCAUGAUGGAGGAGUACUGUAAAGAUAAGCUCCACAUUGAUAGGUUCAUAGCUAAGAUCCGCCUAUCCAACCAUGCUUCAAGAGAUCUAUUCAAAUCUCUGGGUUACGAAGAAGUGAAGAUUGUUAAAUGUUUCAACGAAGUUCACUGCAUUAAGAGCUUAAUAUAGAUGUAUUAGUCUCCGGCAGUAGUGGUAGUAAUAGC